AAGCUGCACAACGAUCAUUACACCGAAGAAGCGCGAGAGCCAUUUAUCUAUAAUUGCGAAAUAUCGUCAUACAUCGAUCGAUCUACACUGUGCUAACAGACUAAACCUGGUCAUUUAAGGCAAGCUAGAAAUCCUAACAACGAUGCGUCCCAUAAACAUAGCCCGUAUGGGCACCCUAGAUCCCUAGCUUAAAAUCGAUGAAUACUAAUUGCGGCACGUGACUUCAGGUGUGGCGGUUUGAGGAAGUCGAGGUAGAGACUCUACCCAACUUUGGCGGUCAUAGGUUGCUUUUUUCUUGUUCAACAAAGGUAAAAAUAAAACGAUUCCGCAGACCCUUCAGUUUAAAACAACAGGAAGGAACUCUGGAACCGGAAAAGCUGGAUGAAGCCUGUAAUUAACGUCCAGGGAGAGCGCCUUUAAGUCCGCGGUGGCCACACAACUAUCUUUUGUUUAUUUCAGGGAUAUUUCUAAAACACAUUCUUUAUUUCGUUAUUAUUAUUUUUGAAACCUACAAUAUUAAUGAGCACUGGUCUGCGUGCGCUCUUAGAUAAACCUCCUGUAAGUUAUUUGCGUGAGAGGUGGUGGAUCAGAAGAAAGGGAAAUGGGCGAUAAUGACAUCGAAGAGCAGGGCAGUUUUCGCGAUCAGAACGAUGAAGAAGAUGAUAAUCGAGGAAAUCCCAAGAGAAGAGGUCGGAGGGUCGAGAAGUAUCACAAGCAUGUUUCCAAAUGGAUGCUUCCCGAAGAGUUGCGGGAGACGUAUCUGGAGCGCGCGAACUGCUGUCCGCCACCAAUCUUCAUCAUCCUCGUCAGUUUAGCGGAGUUGGGAGUGUUUAUCUACUAUGCAGUAUGGAAGCCUCAAAAGCAGUGGGUAACUCUGGGAACAGGGAUAUGGGAGAGUCCUCUUACCUAUAAGCCUGAUCACCGCGAGGAGGCUUGGCGGUUUCUAUCCUACAUGUUUGUACAUGCCGGUGUGGAGCAUAUCUUGGGAAACCUGAUAAUGCAGCUCUUUUUGGGCAUUCCCCUGGAGUUGGUGCAUAAGGGCUUUGAAGUGGGCAUGGUCUACAUGGCUGGGGUCCUUGCAGGAUCUCUCGCCAGCUCCAUCUUUGACCCUUACAGUGCUCUUGUGGGUGCUUCGGGUGGUGUUUAUGCCCUCAUGGGAGGUUACUUCAUGAAUGCUGUGGUGAACUUCAGGGAGAUGAUGCCACUUCUGGGAGCCUUUCGCAUCUUAGUAAUUGUUCUGAUUGUUGGAACAGAUGUUGGAUUUGCUAUUUAUAGAAGGUUCAUUACCCAUGAGGUUGGCAUGAAGGUCUCCUUUGUGGCCCAUAUCGCUGGUGGGGUAGCAGGCAUGACCAUUGGUUAUGUGUUUUUCACCAACUACAGUAAAGCGCUUCUAAAGGACCCACGCUUCUGGUUGUGCAUUGUGGGAUACAUCGCAUUCUUCUUUUUUGCCAUCAUUUUCAACAUCUUCUUGUCCCCAGCACCUGCAUGAGGAGCAUGUGUGUGUUGAAAUAUUGCAUUCGUUCACAACGGACAAUCAUAGCUUUUUAAAAAGGGGAAGGUCUCAGGUCAAUUUCAGAAAAUCCUGUUGGUUUUUAAAGGUUGUAUGCUUCUACACUACAUAGUAAAUAGACAGACUCAUAAAAUUCUGUAAUUCAUAUCCAAAUAUUCUUUCGGUUUUGUUUAAAUGCUUACUCAUAAAGUCGUUUCUCAGGAACAAAGUCAAGUUUAAUAUUGUAUUUUGUAUUCAUAUUUGGUGGGGCCAUUUAUUUUAUAUUCACAAGAUUAUUGAGCCCUUUUCCAGAGUAGUCUACAACUUGCUGUCAUUUUAUAAAACUCAAUUUACCAACAUUUUAAAUGCAUUUCUAAUUUUUUAUACUAUUUGAUAUGUCAUCAUAAUACCAGUAGAGGGCAACACUCAUCAAUAUGAAGACAGUCCUCAACCUGAGGUCACAACAAUGUAGUUUAAUUGCGGUAUUGCAUAAGUUAUAGACCUGUAAUCAAUAGAAAAUUGUGUCAAAUCAUUGAGAAUAAUAUGCAUCUGCAGUUACCUUGGAUUUUUAUCCUUUAUUAUCACUUCAUUAAGAUUCAGAAAUGAGUAUAAGAUUGGACAUGUGGUGACUUGAAGAAUCGUGUCAAUUAAAGCAAAUAUUUUAUAAACAUUUUAAAACCAA